UGAACACCCUCAGAGUUCUUGGGGUUCCCAUUAAGGCCAUUUACCACUUAUUUGCCAAUUUUUAUUUUGUUUCUUGUUUUCUGUUUUUUGUUUUUAGUUUGUUCAUAUGUUCACCAGAAUCACUGCUGCUUAACUUGAACCUAGUAAAGUUGACCUUACCAAUGACGUGUUUAAGUCGAACCUGCCAAGAAGUAUGAUUUGAGUGAACUUUAACUCAUACAAGUUUUUCAGUGUACUUAACCUCAGUUAUCAGAUAUCUGCAAUUAUUUGUCACCUAAGGGGCUCACGACCCCCACAGGGGAGGGAUAAGAUGUGGUGAUCUCAAAUGCUCUGAGAUCCCAUUACUGUUUAAUUUAUACAUAUGAAAUCGCCCACGUGAAGGCAGCAAAGAACCAGGGACUUGGCCACCAUGCAGCAGACAACCAAAUUAUUUCUCCGAGCUUUGAAGUGUAGUAUUCCUCACCUUGGGAAAUGCAUGCAGAAACAGAGUUACUGUAACUUCGCUGAUCGUUAUUACAAUAGAAUAAGAUUGAAAAAGUAUCACCUGCAGAAUAAAUCCAAGAUAUCAGACUUAGCAAGACACAUCCCAAGUCGGAGCUUCUCAUGUAAGGACCUUCUGCCUAUUAAGCCAGAAAACGAAAAAUCCCUUUCUGAAAACAUGGAUGCAUUUGAAAAAGUGAGAACAAGACUAGAAACCCAGCCACAAGAAGAAUACGAAAUCAUCAAUGCCGAGAUUAAGCAUGGUGGUUUCGUUUAUUAUCAAGAGGGUUGCUGCUUGGUCCGUUCCAAAGACGAAGAAGCUGACAGCGAUAAUUAUGAAGUUCUGUUCAACCUGGAGGAACUGAAGUUGGACCAGCCCUUCAUUGAUUCUAUCAGAGUUGCUCCAGAUGAGAAAUACGUGGCUGCCAAGAUAAGGACUGAAGAUUCGGAAACAUCCACCCUCAUAGUUGUGAAGCUCAGUGAUCAGCCUGUGAUGGAAACUUCUUUCCCAAACGUGUCCAGUUUUGAAUGGGUGAAGGAUGAAGAAGAUGAAGACGUCUUAUUCUAUACCUUCCAGAGGAACCUUCGCUGCCAUGAUGUGUAUCGGGCCACAUUUGGUGAAAACAGACGCAAUGAGCGUUUCUACACAGAGAAAGACCCAAGCUAUUUUGUUUUCCUUUAUCUUACAAAAGACAGUCGUUUCCUCACCCUAAAUAUUAUGAACAAGACAACUUCCGAGGUGUGGUUGAUAGAUGGCCUGAGCCCUUGGGACCCACCAUUACUGAUUCAGAAAAGAAUACAUGGGGUACUUUACUAUGUUGAACAUCGAGAUGAUGAAUUAUACAUCCUCACUAAUGUUGGAGAACCUACAGAAUUCAAGCUGAUGCGAACAGCAGCCGAUGCCCCUGCGAUUAUGAACUGGGAUUUAUUCUUCACAAUGAAGAGAAACACCAAGGUUAUAGACUUGGACAUGUUUAAGGACCACUGUGUUCUGUUCCUGAAGCACAGCAACCUCCUCUACGUCAACGUGAUUGGUCUGGCUGACGACUCCGUUCGCUCUCUGAAGCUCCCUCCCUGGGCCUGUGGAUUCAUAAUGGAUACAAAUUCUGACCCAAAGAACUGCCCCUUUCAGCUUUGCUCUCCCAUAAGACCUCCAAAAUAUUACACAUAUAAAUUUGCAGAAGGCAAACUGUUUGAGGAAACUGGACAUGAAGACCCGAUUACAAAGACUAGUCGAGUUUUACGCAUAGAAGCCAAAAGCAAGGAUGGAAAACUAGUGCCAAUGACAAUUUUUCACAAAAUGGACUCUGAGGAUCUGCAGAAGAAGCCCCUCUUGGUGCAUGUGUAUGGAGCUUACGGGAUGGAUUUGAAAAUGAAUUUCCGGCCUGAGAGGCGAGUCUUGGUGGAUGAUGGAUGGAUCUUAGCAUAUUGCCAUGUCAGGGGUGGUGGUGAGCUGGGCCUACAGUGGCAUGCUGAUGGCCGUCUAACUAAAAAACUCAAUGGCCUUGCUGACCUAGAGGCUUGCAUUAAGAUGCUCCAUAGCCAAGGCUUCUCCCAUCCGGGCCUAACCACGCUGAGUGCUUUCAGUGCUGGAGGGGUGCUUGCGGGAGCCCUGUGUAAUUCCAAGCCAGAGCUCCUGCGAGCUGUGACGCUGGAGGCACCUUUCUUGGAUGUCCUCAACACCAUGAUGGACACCACACUUCCCCUGACACUAGAAGAGUUAGAAGAAUGGGGGAAUCCCUCAUCUGAUGAAAAACACAAGAACUACAUAAAACGCUACUGCCCCUGUCAAAACAUCAAACCUCAGCAUUAUCCCUCAAUUCACAUCACAGCUUAUGAAAAUGAUGAGCGAGUACCCCUGAAGGGGAUUGUAAACUACACUGAGAAACUUAAGGAAGCUGUUGCGGAGCAUACUAAGGAAGCAGGUGAAGGCUAUCAGCCCCCCAACAUCAUUUUAGAUGUUCAGCCCGGAGGGAACCAUGUAAUAGAAGAUUCUCACAAAAAGAUCACAGCCCAGAUGAAAUUCCUGUACGAGGAACUUGGACUUGACAGCACCAAUGCUUUCGAGGAUCUUAAGAAAUACCUAAAAUUCUGAAAUGCUGCAUUCAGCUGGGAACUGGAAACACGAGGAAAUAAUUAGUCUUAUUUUCAGUUGGUUUAGCAAACGUGAGAUGUUGUUGUUGUUGUUAUUACAUGAUUUUUUUAAAAAGGUGUUUCUUCAUGUAAAUUUUGCUUAAUGUGCUUCUCAGUUGUACAGUUCAUACCAGCACAUAUCCGCUAGCCUGGGAGAGCAUGUUUCAGCCGCCCCUUAGUAGGAUGUAGAGAAGGGGCCAGAAGGACUGGGCAGGAGACCGAGUGCCAGGCCUCCCUUCCAACCAGAACAGCUUUGUGCCUAUUAGGGUUUUCUUUGACCAGUUUACCAAUCCACACCCUUACUCUUUGAUAGUAAACAUCUUUAGACAAUGUGGCAGUGAGUCACCUUACAAUUUCCACAACUCCACUUUAAAGAAAAGAAUAGCAUUCUUCAUAUUUAAAUACCUUAGAAUUUAGGGGGGGGAAUCUUUUAAACAUUUUAUUGUCCUUUCCAACAUUUGAGGAUCUUCCCUAAAACAGUUGCCUUCCUGCUACCGAAACAUAAGACUUGGUGGCCAUGCAUGAGGCUUACCCAGCAGGGUGGCCGCCUCCUAAAUGGAGACCCCUAACACAGGCUAUACAGAAUGUCCAGUGUGCUGGAAUAGCAUGCGCGACUGGACACAAAGCAUCUGUCUCUGAGGGCUGCUUGGUGAUGGAGCAGAGUCGUCAUGCUGUGCUCCAAGAUGAGUCCUUCUCCCUUCUCCAGAGAAAUGGCGUGUGUGUCAACCUCACUGCCUUUGGAGGCCGAAUUGGUACUUAAUCUUAUUCUCAGUUUCGUAGGAAGACCUGAAAUGUUUUCCUGUAGAUUUAGCAGAGUUGAUGAUUCUCCAAAAUUCAGAACCACAAUGAAGACUUUAUCUAUGCCAUCCAGCUCUCUUGUGUACACAACAGAGUGACUGUCAACCCUCAAAAGGCAAAACCAACCCCUACUGAGAAGCAGCUCUUUGGCGUGGAGUAGACUCAAAUCCUGAUACAGCCUCAACGCUGAACUUGGCUCGGUCUUUUGGACCUGUUUUUAAAAAAAAAAAAAAAAAAAAAAAUCACAUAAAUGUUUUAUUUUAAGAAUCAUUUAUCUUCCCCCCAAAAAAAAAUUUGCUUCCAUUUGCCCUUUAACUUCCCAAAAAGGUAAAUAACUGCCAAAUUAUAAAGUAUUUAUAAGUAGUUGGCCCUAAAUUCAUAGGAAUGAUAGUUUAUAUUUUUUGCUUGUCUGGAAGUAAUUUCAUUUUGCACAAUGCUCCCACAUCUUAGAGUAGCUGCAGAAGGCAAAUUUGACUCCACUUAAGGGUAUUGCUGGGAUGAAGUCACUGUGCUGUGUUGUAACUGCCAGAUGCCUAGAAGCAAAAAGCAUCUAAUGCAUUUGGACUUAGCUGUUCUCGGCUGUGGGAUAACAAGAAGGGCUCUACGGUGCAGAGAUCAUGGGGUCCAGCAGACCCCAUUACUCAGAUCACUGGUAAUGAGAAGAACACUGAAAAACUGUGUAGAGCCCAAGAUUCUAGAAGUCUACAUUUGCUUUCUGAUUGCCUCCUCAACCCGACCCCACCCCGGCCAUAAAAGGUAGUUUGGUUUAUUGAAGGUUUGGGUUUAUUUCACAACUACAUAAAACAUAUCUAAUUUACUGCUGUUCUUUCCUCUUUUUUUUUUUUUUUUUUUUUUUUUUUUUUUUCCCUUGUAAGCAUUUUCCUGUUACAUCAUCUGCACAAAUGUCACUAUAAUGGCAGGUAAUACCCUGUUGAGUGGUUUUACCAUUCCCUUUACUUUUAAACAUUUGUACUUGUAGUAUUUUCUUACAUUUUCCAAUCCUCUCCUCCCAUGUUUUAUAUUAUUUAUUUAAGAUAGAUUAUCAGACAGAUAAUUACUGUGUCAAAGAUACAGACAUUCAAUGCAUAAUGCCAAAUGAUUCGGAGCUGUGGCCAAAUCAGCGGUAACGUUCAUUCGUUACACUCUCGCCAGCCACUUUUCCUGGGGCGGUGGUUGUCGUCAUUGUUUCUGUUGUUGUUUUCAGGUUGAUACUUAAUGAUGUGUAUUUAGUGACUAUUUCAUGGAUGUUUAAAAAUGUUCCUUCUGUUUAUCAGGUACAAAGUGACUGUGGUGUGUGUGUGACACAUCAGUGUUUGUCAUUCAUUCUCAGUAGCCUUAGGUAAUGCAUGAGUAUCAGAGCUUAGUGCCACUACAUGAGAAGUGCCCAGUGAGCUGUUCUUCUCAUCUACUUUCAUUUGAACUCUUCCCCUGAAAUCGUGGACUUGUCUGUUUCUCUUUAAUCUCUCACUGUUAACAUGCAUAAAGAUUUGUGGGUUUCAAUAGACUACUCACUGUCUGAAAUUUCUCUCAUAUAAUGCUUUUCAUAUUGAAUUCUAUUUUGUCUGCUAUUAAAUAUUUCCAAGCCUG